CAGCCCCCGCGCGAAGGUGAGCGCUAGGACGGGCGGCCAUGGCGGCCUACCUGACGCACCAGCAAAGGGUGCUGCGGCUCUACAAGAAAUCCCUGCGGCACCUCGAGUCCUGGUGUGUCUACAGAGACAAGUACCGCUACUUUGCCUGUCUCCUGAGAGAGCGUUUUGAUAAGAACAAGGAUAUAAAGGAUAUGGUGAAAGCUACGGAGCUGCUGAAGGCGGGCGAGGAGGAGUUCUGGGCCAACCAGCAUCCUCAGCCAUACAUCUUCCCUGACUCCCCUGGAGGCACUGCCUAUGAGAGAUACGACUGCUAUAAGAUUCCUGAAUGGGCCUUAGAUUUCUGGCAUCCUUCUGAAAAGGCAAUGUAUCCUGAUUACUUUGCCAAACGAGAGCAAUGGAAGAAGCUGCAGCGAGAAAGCUGGGAGAAAGAGCUUAAGCAGUUAGAAGAAGAAACUCCAGCUGAUGGUCCAAGAACUGAAGCUCUGCCUCCAGCUCGUAAGGAAGGGCAUCUGCCUCCCCUGUGGUGGCAGUAUGUUACAAGAUCUCGUGAAAUUCCAAUGUAAAAUCAUCAUUUGGUGAGACAAUUGAAGCAGCUCAUCUUCUGUAGGCAGUUGACAUGUCAGUGGCUGCAUGCUAGUCAAAGCAGUACAAAAAUUACUACAAAAGUACUAUUAAUACAAGUACUACAACAUAAAGUAAUACAAAAUAAAGCCAAAUAUAACAAAAGAG